AUGAGCGGGCGGGAAGGCGGAAAUGCAGUUCCGUCUUCGAGUGCGGGCAACGCGGGUGGCAGCGCUGUGACAGGUGUAACGCGACGUGGAAGAUGCAAAUGGUUCAACGUGGCUAAAGGAUGGGGCUUCAUUACACCAGACGACGGCGGACAAGACGUCUUCGUACACCAGAGUGUCAUUCAAAUGCCGGGCUUUAGAUCCUUGGGAGACGAAGAAGAAGUGGAAUUCGAGUGCAAAGAGUCAGAAAAGGGCUUGGAGGCAACUCGUGUUUCUGGGCCAUCAUCAGUAGACUGCCAGGGCUCGCAUCGUCGCCCGUUGUCUAAAAAACGCUUCAGGAAAAUACGCUGCUAUAAUUGCGGAGAAUUCGCCAACCAUAUAGCCGCCAAAUGCAGCGUUGGUCCACAACCAAAGAGAUGCCACAAUUGCAAGAGUGAAGAUCAUCUUAUUGCAGACUGUCCUACUAAGGUGGAAAAGAAGAAAGAGGAGUCGCAAUCGAAGAGCUCCGGCAGCUCCUACGGCAGCCAACAGAGCAGUCCCCAACAAUCG